GGGAGAAAUGAGUGUGUAUCGUCUGACGAUGCUUCUAAAGCACGAUCGUCUGAGAAACUUCGUGCAAUGCUUAAGUUUCGUUUGGCAUUUGUUUCCAAAGUUCUGAAAAAAAUUCCAGUAUUUUAAGUGACGUGUUCCAGAAUCUCUUUUUCCUACUAAAGAAAAAUUGUGAAUAUGGAUUAUCGAAUUAAACAUUUAACUGUGACCGGGGCCCACAUUUUGCUGAUUGGAGCGUGCAUCUUCGUGUUGGGUUCAGAGGGUAUAUUGCCACAAGGUCCUCCACCUAAAGGUCCGGAGCCACAGUUUGCCGAUGUCAUUCCGAAUGUCACCGUUGCCGCAGGCAGAGAUGUGACAUUACCUUGUGUUGUGGAUUCACUGGGGGACUACAAGGUCGCAUGGAUUCACAUGGAUCGUCACAUCCUCCUCACCCUCCAUGACCGAGUGAUCACGCGAAACUCGAGGUACAGGAUCACCCACAAUAAUUUCCGCACCUGGUGGCUGCAGAUCCUGAACGUGAACGAGUCAGACUCGGGCCAUUAUAUGUGUCAGGUGAACACAUCCCCCAUGAAGAACCUUGUGGGAAUAAUACAAGUAGUGGUGCCCCCCAGAAUCACCGAGAACGAAACGAGCUCCGACACAGAUGUCCGCGAAGGCUCUGACGUAUCACUCAGGUGUCAGGCGUCGGGUUCUCCAAACCCACAGAUCAAGUGGAGGAGGGAGGACGAAAAGGACAUCACCAUCGGCGUCAAAAAAGUUCCGACCGUGGAAGGACAGUUUCUGAAUAUCACGAAGGUGAGUCGCCUGCACAUGGCGGCGUACCUCUGCAUAGCAUCCAACGGCAUCCCGCCGGCAGUCAGCAAAAGAAUCAUGCUCAACGUCAACUUUGCUCCGAUGAUCUGGAUCCCCAACCAGCUGGUAGGGGCGGCCGUCGGCGCGGACGUCACCCUGGACUGCAACCUGGAGUCGCACCCGAAGUCGGUGACGUACUGGACUCGGGACGGUGGUGGGUUCAUGAUCAUCUCCAACACCAAGUACAACAGCCUCCUCCUCGACACGGGCAUCUACAAGGUGCAGAUGAGGCUCAUCAUCAAGAACCUCCGUCCCGACGACUUCGGAUCCUACACGUGCGUCGCCAAGAACUCCCUGGGCGAGACGGAAGGAACCAUCAGGUUGUACGAAAUACCUAAACCCCAUUCUUCAACCUACCCAUCAAGAGGAGGCUUAGCAAGCAGUAGAGCUGAAGGUACUCAUCAAGCUACUGGAGAAAAAAUGGUGCGAACAUGGCACAAAGAUGGUACUGAAGAAGGUCGGAUGCAGGACUUGGCAAACGGAGAUUUGGAGAAAAGAGACUCACCCUCUCCAGUCACAGUUUUCGCCGGGUCGGAAAAAGGUGAAGGGCAGGAAUCGAGAGCCAGUGACAGCAACUUCAAACCGAUGUGGGACGUUUUGAUCAUCCUCACGACAAUUGUUCCUGUUCUCAUCUUUUGCCUGUAGUACAAUCUAUCAAAACGGCGGUCAUCUUGAAAGAAAACCAUUAACACAUGAGUGCUUUUUCUUUUGUUGUCUGUACCAAUAACUGAGCAUGUGGUACAGAACUUCUCAACAUGACCUUUACCGGAACUUAUCUGGAUAUGUGCAGUAUUAAAGUGGGUGAAUACAAUAACAUAAAGUUUGAGUGUGCAAUGUGCCAAAAUGUAUUAAAACAUAAAGUGGGUUACCAUCGAUGGAUUUAUGUUAUUAUUACAUUAUGACUUUUCCAUUAUUUGCUAAAGAAUGCAUCAAUAUUUGUAAUAGUCAUGAAAAAUGCUAUCCAGUUCAAUUUAUUUUUUGGUUAUUUUGAUAUAUGUUUCUCAUCAACUAAAGUUAAA